CCCGUACUGCCACUCCACUACGCCCCGUGGUCGACGCCUUCUCACGUUGAGUUCCCGCCAAAAGGGAGGGACGCGCCUCUCGGAGAAACCCUCGCUCUCGGAUACGGCUCGUUUCGAUGGGGGCCGGAGAGAAGACUACACCAGGGAACCAAGAUGAGCCGGCGACGGCGGUGCUCGGUUCUUCCGUUACUCCCAUGGCGAGGUCGUCUUCGUCCACCACUCCCGACCCCGGCGGUUCUAAUCCCACUCCCUGCACUCCCUUUACCCGCUCUUCUUCUUCCUCGUCCUCCGAGAAGAACACGGUUUUGUUGUCCGAUUGGUGGUUGGUUAAAGCGGAAAGAGGAGCGGGUGGGAAAAGAUUGGCCGUCAGUGGGUUUACCACCAGGCAACAAGCAAUCAGAGUCUUCACUUCUGCACCUAUUGCAAAAAGAUAUGAUGCCUACACUCUCGAGACUGAAGAUGGGAUCACUGUGAUAAUCCAGGGCAUGAUAAACAAAGCACUUGCACAUGAUAAUGGGUUUCCUCCUGAGGUUUGCAAUCGUUUCCUAGUUGGAUUUCCUUAUAAUUGGGAUUACUAUGCUGAUGAGUAUUUUAGAAGGAGUUCCACUUGUUCAAGUAAUUCUUCAAGUUCUGCUGGUUUUGGUGAGCUAUCCAAAGAUUCAGCUGAUGGUGCAGGUCAUACAUCUUCAGUAUGUGUAAAGGAGUCUCCAAUUGGUCGGAUCUGUGACAUACUGAUAUCUUCUGGUGUUACUCUGUCAAGCAACUUCACUGAAACUCUGAAAAAAUUCUUUAGAGAUCCUUCAUUGAAUCCGAUUUGCCAAAAACCACUUUUGGCUGUGGAAAAGUGUGGUGAGCAUGAGAUGGAUAAAAGUGACCAAAAGCAUGAAAAUGACAAGGGAUGUGCUACCACCAUUAACCAUGAUGCUGAAGGACAUGUAACUAGCCAUGCUGAAGAAGGGGGUCAUAGAAAUGACUUACAUGCAGGUGAUGUCCCGGAAGAAAAUUCUAAGUUAAAUCAUGACGUCUCAUAUGAUUCUUUAAUGCAUGAGAGCAGAGAAACUGAUAGCCAGCCAGCGGUGGAGAUCACUAGCCAGACAGAGACAGGAACAGCCAUGCGAAGGGAAACACUGUUGACAAAAACAAGAGAUGUAGAGAAGGAUAAUGACUUGGUGGUCUCUGUUGCAAUGGAUUGUGACAAUGUUGAUCAUGUUGCAGCUUGUAUAGAUGGAAAAGAAAGUGCUGAGAGUAGAUUAGAGUCAUGCAAAGUGGGGAUGAAAUACUUAUUAAAAGAUUCACUGCCAAAAGAAUCAAAUCUUACAAAUCAUGAACAUGAUGAGGAACUUGGACAUGAUGCAGUAAAAAGACGACAUUUUGUAGAAAUUUUAAGAGUACCAAAUGUAGGUGUUUCAGAUGAUUUGCUGGUGCAAAAAGAUUGUGACCCAAAAAAUGCAAAUUCAUCAAAAGUCAAAAUGACUGUGGUUUCAGAAAAUUCUCCUGUUUCUGAUGUCAAAAAACAAUUGAAGGUUUCCAUGGCACAGGAUGAUAAAGCAAGAUCUAAGAUUUCAUCACAGAAUCAAGUAAUGGUGCAUUCUACCAUUUUAGUAGCUCAAGAUGAUGCAGAUUCUCAUCCUGUUGAAGGGAGAGGGAUGGACCUUAACAACCUGAAGUCACCCAACGUUAACAUCACAGGAAUUUCUAAAGAUUUUUCAUCAAAUGAGAUAGAUGAUAUGUGUCGUAGGAUUUUUAAGAAAAUUGAGAGCUGUAAAUUUCCUGCUGCAAGGGAUUCUAUUCCCCAGAUAGGGUCUGCUGUUGAUAUGAAAAGCACUAGAGCAUCAGAAGUGAAGGAAUCUCCAACAAAUAAACAUCUAACUGAUGUAGUAAAAGGAGGAAGAAAGAAGGAAAACAUUCAGAAAGAAGAUCAGAAAUGUGCUGAAUGCAUCAAUAGUAAAGUUUGUUUGCACUUUUCUAUGCCAGCAGCACAAAAAUCUGCCAAUGAAGAAAAAUUAACAGGUAAAUUUUCUUUGUGUGGAACUGAAGAACUCUCAUCAACUGGAGAUGUUCAGGAUGAUGUGUCUUUAAUUGUUCUUCGCACACGUAAUGUGCCCAGAAAUAGUUCUGCUUCAUCGGAGGGGAAACCUGUAAAAAGCUCAACUAAUGUCAAGGCUGAUGCAUUAAGUACUAGGAUGAAGUCAUCAAAGAAAAAAGGGGAUGAUAACCAGAUGGCUAGAUGUAGCCCUGAGGUUGAAAAAAUUGGGGUCAGUUCUGUACCAAUGGACCAUAACAUUGUAAAUGCAGCAAAUGAUGCUAAGCGUGAAUCCAGGCACAAACAUACUCAGGCUGUAGCUAAAGUGGGAAAGGUUUCUCUUGAAUCAUUACCAACGGAACAUAGUAGCGAAGAUGUAAACUAUGGGAUUCAGCCAUGCAUUAUAUCUACUCCAGCUGCUACUGUUGUAAUGCACAGACAAGGUGAUAGGCAUACUAAUGACUGCAUUGGCAUGAAUGAUGACAAUGAAAAUGUGACAUUGAAGUUUCCUGUUAAAACUACAGGUCAUUUAGCUAAUUCAGUGAAGGAGCAAUCCAGCAAUGAUAAAACAUUAGCUAUGACUGGGGAAAAUAUUCCAAACGGACCAAAUGAUCAAAAUGCCAAAAUGUCUGAGGUUUUAAUAAUGGAGCAACCUUCCGGGGUGAAAACAUUGCACACUACCCGAAGGAAAACAGCUUGGAGGCCAAUUUCAUCUGUAUAUCAAACUCCAAAUACUCGGGGUAAGGCUCAUAAAUUAUCUAUGGCCUCACCUGAAUCUCUUAACCUAAAAAGAUCUAGAUCAGGUCGACUGAUUGUUCCUCCACUGGCUAAUUGGUGCCAACAGAUAAUUUAUGAUGCGGAUGGUUCAAUUGCAGGCAUUAGAGGUGUGGAUGUGUUGAAUUCUCCCAAGAUAGGAAGUAAGUCAGAGCCUGUGAAGAAGAGAAAGAAGUUUGCCUGAGCAUUUAAUGUUGCAGUUUGCAGUGAGGUUUUCAUCCUUGUAAUCUCAAGUGCCUAAGAUGAUCAAUCGUGAAAGCGGUCAACUUACAUUUCAUGGAUUGUAGAAAAUACCAUGACAAGUUGGAGCAAGGUAUUUUGCUCUUUUAUUGUGUAUGCAAAAGAUUUCUCUGCUGUAAACGUUUUGGUAACUCAGACUCUUCGAUGGUGGCCACCAAGAUGCAUUUGGGUUUAUAAGCCAGAAAGCCUGGAAGUUGGUCAAGGGACUUGAUGCUGGUACUGAAUCAUCUAUAUGUAUAUGAAAGAAAAUUUGUCUUUUUUUUCAUCUUUUUAGUACCUCAAAUUCCUGCUAAUGGCCUGUAUAAAAUACCUAGAAGUUAUGGCUGGUGGAAUGUAACACUAGGAAGGAAGCAAUCAUGUUGUAAAUUGUGGAUUCUUGUGAUAAAGUCAUCGUGUCUGGUCACUGCAGCAUAAGAAUGCUCUCUGACUUGAUAUAAUUCUGUCCGUGGAGAACCUUGUGUGCAAGAAGUAUCUGUUUUAUGGAAGGGUAAAUUGCAGGAAAGUUUGGGCAA